GCCGCCAAUUAACAUAAUUUGCAAAAUUGUGCACCGUUUCGAGGAAAGAUGAACGACGCGAUUGAGGAAAUUUUCGCCAAUGAUUCGCCGGAGGACAUCGAAACGGUGAAGAAUAUGAUUGAAAAAAUUCGGCUGGAGAUCAUGUCUCACGGUGAGGAGGAAUACGACUCGUACGAUCCCGAGAGCCUGCAGAAGGUCGAGUUCAACAUCCAGAUCAACAGGGUCACGGUGAUUCUGCAGGCAAUGUCCGACACGUUGGAGGUGCUCUUCUGUUUGCCAGUGAUUUGCCGAAAUGAAGAUUUGAUGAGGAAGUAUUUCAAUGACGAGGAGCAGGACGUACUGCGGGCCUUGUGCAAGUACAUGCGAUCUAAGGAUGAUGAAGGAGGAAUGGUACCGGAGAUUGUUAAUAUGGCAGACUUUCAGUUUCCUUCGACAAAGUUUAUCGAGUUGGUUGAGAUGGUAUCAAACAAGGAUCUUCAUAAGGAGAUAACAAGCCACGUGAAGAAUCUGCCAGGCGUUUACAGGAAGUUUUUGUCCAAUGUACGUGAAUUCCGUAAGUUCACCAUCAACAAAAUGAAAAUGACCGCACAGAAGGACUUGGCCAAGGAGAAGCUUUUACAUCGAAUGUGGCAAUCGAACGCACGAAAUAUUAAGGCAAUCGCCAAAAUCGAGCAGGUUUUGGAAGAGAAGAGGGCUUCAUUCCAGGUGGAAAUCCAAGAGAAGACGGCCGUAAUCGAGAAGUAUCGGGUCGAUAUUGAACGCCUGGAGGAACAAAGCAAGAAGCAAAUUGAUGCCUUCAUAAACGAAUCGGACCGGAACAUGUUUCACUAUUUCGAGCGAAGUGAUCAACGCUAUGAAGAACUUCAGGAGGAAGUGAAUCGCAGAGUCAAGGAGUAUCAGCGAACCUUGGAGGAGGAUCUCCAAUCGGAGAAGGCAAACCGACUGAAGAAGGGAAAGUUGACUCAACAGCUUCAGCUGUGGCUCAACAAGUACGACAAGGAUGCCGGCGAACGGACCAAGGAGUUGAAUGCUUUGGGCGAUGCCUUGAAGGAACGUCAAGCGGAGUUCGAUGAAUGGAAGCGUACGGUUUUUGAUCCUCAAGAGAAAAAGUACUUCGAUGCAAUCGAAGAGAGGCGCCUGGACGAGCUGCGCGCUCAGGAGGAGGUGAUCCACCAGUUUAUGAUGAAACGGGCGGCCAUUGUACUGCAGCGUGCCUGGCGUUCGGUUGCCGAAAGAAAGCGAAAAAUGCGAGGUCGUCGCGGAGGACGACGUGCCAAGGGCAAAAAGUAAAGUUCCUUAACGUGCAAAAUUAUUUAUUUAUUUAGUAUUCACAACUGGUCAAAGUUCAGUAUUGAAAUUUAUUACGUAACUGCCUUUUUGCAGGAAGUAAAUUGCAACAUUGGGUUCCUUUCGAGCGAAGUCUUACUUUCACACAAAUGUGAUCUUCAGAUGUUUGAAACUAGAGUUGAUGUGAUGCACAAGACUUGAAUGUUUUUUAAAUAUA